UUUUUUAAUUUAGUAUUUUCUAUCUUUUGUGUUUGACGCUGCAAGCUCUGUGUGAUCAUUACAGUGAUUACUACCUCUUUGUUGAUGUUAGUUUGUUUCAGAAGGUCGGACAAAAAACGAAAUGUACUAUAGUGUUAGCGGUAGCAAUUUUUCCCAUAAGAAGUCAUGUUAAUCCAUUUAAUCCGUUGUAGAAACCCAAAAAUAUGAACUAAAAUGAACAUUAUAGAGAAAAUGCAAAGUAAGUGUGAGUAAGUAGGAUUCCUUAUUUAUUAAUCUUUUUUUUUGUAUUUAGACUAUAGAAUACCUGUUAAUGACCUUCUGGAUGCGUUUUUUAACAUUAUUAGAGCACUCUAGACAAGAAAUAACACCCCUACAGUCACCUUUACACUCGUAUUAUCCAAUAUAAUAAACAUAGUAAGAGAAAAUAAGACAUACAGUACAGGCCAAACAUUUGGACACACACAGCACAACCCCAUGGCCCCAACCCCAUUAAUAAGGCAAGAAAUUGUAUUAAGUAACCCUGACAAGGCACACCUGUGAAGUGAAUACCAUUUCAGGUGACUACCUCAUGAAGCUCAUUGAGAGAACACCAAGGGUUUGCAGCGCUUUCAAAAAAGCUACCUUGAGGAAUCUAAAAUAUCAGACAUAUUUAGAGUCAUUUCAAACUUUUUGGUUAAGUACAUAAUUCCACAUGUAUUCCAUGCAAAAUUGUGAUGCCUUCAGUGAGAAUCUACAAUGUAAAUAGUCAUGAAAAUAAAGAAAACGCGGUCUGUCCAAACCUUUGGCCUGUACUGUAUAAGACAUAAUAUAGACUCUCACAUGUUAGCACUGGAAGAGUUCCAUGUUUUUAACUUGUUAUUCUGUACAGUACUUCCUGUGGUGGCUAUUGUCUCAUCAAUGUAACAUUACCAGUGUAGAAUACUACGUAUCAUAUCUGUGAAUGCCUUAAAUGUAUAUUUUAGUUCAUUUAGCCAUUUUCUUGCUUGAAAAUGCUUAAUUAAGGGGAAAAAAAUACAUAGUUUGCUUAAAUAUGCAUAUCCUUUGACUAAUAAUAGGCUGUAUUCAACCACAAAGCAGCGAUGAUUUAUUAAUAAAUAUACAGUAUUUGUGAAAAAAAAACGUGAUAAAGUGAAGCCACAAAAUUUGAAGCACGAACUGGGUUUGGUUUUUAAUUGUUGUUGCUGAUUUAUAGAUUUUUCAAAUUCAAAAAAAUACCUGUUAUCUUAUGCAGUCAUUAGCAUUUUUUUUUACUCAGCUGUUGUCGAUUGAGGAUGUCAUACUUACUACUAUACUUAGGCCUUGCUGAUUUGUUUGAACUGAAACUGAAAAAAGAAAGGCGUCUGCAGAGUUAGUACCAUAGUUAGCAUGGAAUUGGGUCAGCUGGUUUAAUAGGGAAGCUAUUUCCACACACCUUUUUGUAACAUUUUACAAUGUAGAGCAUGAGAUAACUGUAUACUGUGACUGCAUUUGCCAGUCUUACAUGAGUUGCUGCAAAAAACUACAGUGCAUUAAUGUAUAUGCAUUGAUUUGGGAAGGAAUGACCUAAGCUCGAUCAUAUCUUCUGUGUGUGUGAUCUGACCUUUGACCUGUAACAACCCUGUGAGAAAGUGUCCAACUCCCGCCCUGUAUAGCAAGGAGACACCAGAGACUCUGCUGACAGUUGCUAUAACUGUUUUUAAAUUCACGUCUCACAUUCUUUCACUUUUUACCUCUCGGGCAUUGUAAAUCCAGCAGACCUUCUACAAGGAAUGCACUUAAUGUCAUUGAUGAUGUUUGAUUGUUGGAUAAAUCAGAAAAUGUCAUUUCUAUCUAAGAAAUCAAGUAAAUCAAAUUAAUCCAUUCCAGACAUCCUAUACCAUUAACACAAACAAUAUAAAUAAUGAAUUAAAAUUACCUUUAUUGAAGACUAGCAAGCAGAGAUGAGUAAAAGGAGGUCACCUUCAACCGGAAAGCUGCAUCACAAGCGUUCACUACGCGUUUACAUAAUGAAUAGUGAUGUGCAGCUCUAUACUGAAUAUUGAUACCGCCGAUACCAGAUCUUUAGGCUCUUAAAUUGAUUCUCAAAUCAAAACAUCGAUACUUUGAUACUUCAGUCAUUUGAAGUAAUGUACUGUAUAUUAUUAACUGGAACACAGUGGAAAGUAUCAAAAUUAUUGGGACCUUGUCUAAAUGAUAUGCAGUUGUUUAAAAGAACAAAAUAAAUUAUUGUGAUGUCUUAUAUUCAUUUUUUUAUGAGCUGUGUUAUGAUUUGAAACACUCUACUUUUUGAGAUUUACCCGACAAGUUAAUUGUAUUUGCACGAAGUAUCGGUAUCGGAUGAGCCUGAAUUUUGCUCAGUAUGGAAUUGGAAAAGAAAUCAGUGGUAUCAUACAUGACUAAUGACGAGGGCGCGUACUAUGCGCAAAAUGACUGCUGCGAAGCACGCAAGAUGUUGCGAGACCAGAACGUGACCACAAAUGAGCUGCAUCACUGUAUAAGCCACAGGAUUCAAAGCAUGACAAAAAAAAGGCUUACACACCGGAAAUUACGGUUGAACCACCCACACGCCCAUAUAAUAAAAGUUGAUUAAAGGAUUUCUUCACUGGAAUCUGUUUAUAGUGUCCCAACUCUAGAAGAACCACUAUCCAUUUUUCACAGAGACCGAGUCACCAAAGCGCGGAUGCUUUGUUUGGCCACUCAACUAAUUUCUUAGGCGUACUGUUUGGCCGAACGAUAACUGAGAGAGUGGACGAAAACUAAGACAUAUUUGUGAAAAUAAUCGGUGUCAAAAACCGAAUCAGGGGCGUACGAAACUGAAGUUUCACUGUAUAUGUAGUGUAACCUCUAAAGAGACACAUUUUGUUCCAGCAUACUGGUUUGGCCCCCUUUUUGUGGGGUUCUGAAAAAUUGAUCGGUUGUGCUGUCGACCUAAUGAAACUUUGAGUGGACAGGUUAUGUUUUAACUUAACCUUUUAACUUCAUUAAGUCACAAGUAAAAAAAAAAAAAAAAAAAAAAGAAAGAAAUUAACCACUGUCAGUAAUAAACAGAACAUUCAGUCAUAACUUAAUGCACAAUGGGGAAAGUGACAGUGACGGCGUCCACAAUCGCUAGUCGAACAUUCCCACCUACAAUGAGAACUGUGCAUCCAACAGCAUUCAUCUAGCAUGUCUGUGCAUGCUUGUCUGAAGGCAUUGCUCGGGACAAGAACCCCUUAACUCAACCUACUCAAUCAGCUGCAGACCAGAUGAAUGGGUGUGAUUUUCUUUCCAUGACCAAUAUGGAAGGCACAUCUGUUCUAUCCUGUGAUUGGCUGGCGACAAGUCCAAGGUGUACCCCGCCUCACGCCUGAAGUCAGAUGGGAUAGGCUCCAGCAUACCGCCGCCACCCUAUUUAGGAUAAGCGGCAUAGAAAAAGAAUGGAUAGAUGGCAUCUGUUCUAUCCCUAACUUACAUUUAUGGCACAUUUAGUCCAUAGACAAAUCAUCAUAGUGCCACAUCAGUGAGGCUGUCUUGUAUCUUCUUCCAGUAUUGGUACUGGAUAACCAGCGUUUCAAACAAUCCAAUAAUAUGAUUGAAUUCAUCAACAAAAUAAUGACUUGCCAUGGUUGGAGUGUAUCCUGUCAAACCGAACUCCUACUGUAAUACACUGCACGGUAUGCAAUAAUCACGAUUCGGUAUGUACCUCAGUUUCAAGGUCACGAUUCUGUCUAUUUUCAUUAAAGUAAGAGAACAAAAUGCAAGAGGAAAGGGUCUCUUGGCUCUGACUUUCUACUUGGCACUAUCACUGGCCAUGACUCCCGCGAGCCAAAGGCUGGACUGCACAGUACAGUAUUUGUUUAUGGAGUAGAUGCCUGACACGAGAAACACUUUUAAUGUGGUUAGAGAUAUUGACAUUAAUAGUGUUGUGGCUCACACAGCUGACUACCACUCAGCUGGCAUGGGAUGUGUUCCAACUUAUGCCCAAAUUGUAUUUUCCUGAUGGCUGACUGUCAAUCAGCCCAAGCUGUUGUCAGGCCCCAACUGCUAGAAUCUCCUGCUCCCCCUGCAACCCUGAACAGGAUUAGCGCCUCAGAUGAUGAAUGAAUGCUCUGAGAGAGUGUUCUUAAGAAAAGACUGUUUUUUAAGCAUGCAACACUGAGAUUCAACCUGGAAACAUUGUUACCACAAGGAACCCUCACAGCAGCCUCACACCUUGCAUCACUGUGCAGAAACCCGCAAAUAUGCGGGCCCUUGAAUGCUCAAUCGAUCUGCUGUACAGUAGGAGUUAUCAUUCAUUCCUGUCAGUGGUAAAGUCCUCCUCUGAAGUGACUACAUUGAGUCUAUAUUAUUUAUGUAUAUAUUGUACAGUGCAUCUCCCCUCUCUCUCUCUCUCUUGCACACACACACGCGCAGCUGCCAGCACCUAGUUUGGCAUUGAGGCUUCACUGGGUGUCUAUUUGUAGACGGAUGGAGUCAUGUCAGAGACAGGAGGACGAGGGGACACACUUUAUGGCAACAAACACACGCAUACAGCUAUUUCUACCCAUGAUAUCCUCAAACACACACUACAUAUAGCACAUAGACAAAUGCUCAGUAGUUAGUAGGUUCUUUUCUGGAGCAAAUUAAUUCACUUUAACGUUAAGUCACUUUAAAAAGUAUUUUUUUAAUUAUUUGAGUGUGGUAUGGUAUUGUGUGUUUAUUUGCUUCAGUCAUGCGUAAGAACUUAGAUGAAGGAACAUCACAUGAUUGCAUUUGCACAAUUGGUGUUAAAAAAAAUCAGGACUAUAAAUCACGAUAAACCUUGUGCAGUAUGAAGGGAAUAAAUACAAUUUGAAAAGUGAUAAAUUGGGAAUAAAUUGCUAAUCAUGAAUAGGAAUACAUUUUAAUUAGUAAAACUUUAAAUAAAAAAAAACAAAACAUUGAGGGUGUUGACUUCAAAGCUGCAUCAAGUCUUUGUGGGUUAUGUCUUCAAUAGCCUUAUAGUCGAUGUAAUAAUGAUAUGUAAUAACGAAUCUUAAUAUUUGUCCAGGUCUUUGAUGUGUUUAACAACAAACUUUGGCUUCCCCCUCCAUUUAACAUAAUGUACCUAAAAAAAAUAUCAGAAAAUAUAGCAAAAAGAAUAUCAGCAAAUGUAGCUAUAUGAAUAUCACCAAACAGAAUGUCGUCCAACGUAGCCAGAAGAGUAUCAGCAAAGGUAGACAAAAGAAUGACAAAUGUAGCAAGAAGAAUAAUACCAAUGUAGCAAAAAGAAUAUCAGCGAACAUAGCUGGAAGAAUAUCAGCAAACGCAACUAGAAGAAUGUCAGCAAACAUAGCUAGAAGAUAAGCUAACAUAGCAUGAAGAUCAGCAAACUUAGCUAGAAGAACAUCAGCAAACGUAGCUGGAAGAAUAUCAGCGAACGCAACUAGAAGAAUGUCAGCAAACCUAGCUGGAAGAAGAUCAGCAAACGUAGCAUGACGAAUAUCAGCAAACUUAGCUAGAAGAACAUCAGCAAACCUAGCUAGAAGAAUAUCAGCGAACAUAGUUGUCUCCACACAUGCACUGCAACUGUCCUCCUCACUUGCAGAACACACAAGUGCCCUACCUGAUGUGCUCACAGCCACACAAAACAUCUACACAACACAAAACUUUGGAUCUCUACAACAUCAUACUUGCCAGUAGAGAGGAGUUUAUUACAGCCUCAUAUAAAAUCAACAAUAAUUUUAGUGUAACGACCCGGAAGUUAUGUGCGAUGUUAAGAGUUCAAUGUUGCCUGACAGUCUGUGAAGUCAUGAACGCGUCAGACUGUGAGUGCUUGUGUGUGUGUGUGUGCGCAGCACUGCAUGUGUAGAGACAGCUAUGUUCUCUCAUGUCGCUACAUACUGUACAUAGUAUUCUUUUGGCGUGUUUGCAUUAUUAAAGCAAGCAGGGCUCUAGUAUGGAAAUUGUAUCUGUAUCUGCAGUCCUGGUAAUGCCACAGCUGAAUAUGUUAAUGAAUGAUCAAUUGUGUUGUGGUAGGGGAGAGUAAGUGUGUGUCAAGGCUGGCUCUUUAUUUCAGUAGCUUGUCCAAGAAUAGACAUUGAGUUGGACAGGCAGGGGGAUCUGUGUUAGUGUGUGUCAUUGGGUAAAAAAAAAACAGAGUUGAUGUGGGAAAGGAGUGUGUCUAGGUUAGUGGGUGUGUGCACUCGCACCCGAGAGAGGGAGAGAGACUACACCCAGCACAGUCUGACGACUGUUUUGAUUUCCCUCUCGCUUUUCGGAUUACGGCUCUAACUGAUAGCUGCAUUGGCAUAGCUGGAACAUUGGACACACCAGCAGAAAAGUGCAGAGAUGAACGGGUGCGCUGUACCACCAGCCAUACCUGAAGAUGGGGAAGUCUUGGACCACAUCCCGCACAGGGAGAUGAAUGGCUACAAUCAAAGGUUUCGGGAUGGUGAUGCGGGGGAGGCAGAAGUCCCGGUGUCAAAGUCCCAGAGGCGGAAGAGUGAUGUCAAAGUCUACAAGGAGUUUUGUGAUUUUUAUGCUCGCUUCAACAUGGCCAACGCGUUGGCCAACGCCAUGUGCGAGCGCUGCAAGAGUGGGUUCGCUCCGGCUGAGAAGAUCGUCAACAGCAACGGAGAACUUUACCACGAGCAGUGCUUUGUGUGUGCCCAGUGUUUCCAGCAGUUUCCAGAGGGACUCUUCUAUGAGUUUGAAGACAGGAAAUACUGUGAACAUGACUUCCAGAUGCUCUUUGCUCCAUGCUGUCACCAGUGUGGAGAGUUCAUCAUUGGCCGCGUCAUCAAGGCCAUGAACAAUAGCUGGCAUCCCGAAUGCUUCUGCUGUGACAUCUGCCAGGCCGUGCUCGCCGACGUUGGAUUCGUUAAGAAUGCUGGAAGGCACUUGUGUCGCCCAUGCCACAACAGAGAGAAAGCACGUGGCCUCGGCAAGUACAUCUGCCAGAAGUGUCACGCCAUCAUUGAGGAGCAGCCCCUUCUGUUCAAGAAUGACCCCUACCACCCUGAUCACUUCAACUGUAACAACUGCGGUAAGGAGCUGACUGCGGAUGCCAGGGAGCUGAAGGGGGAGCUUUACUGUUUGCCCUGUCAUGACAAGAUGGGUGUUCCAAUCUGUGGGGCCUGCAGGAGACCCAUUGAGGGCCGUGUGGUCAAUGCCAUGGGCAAGCAGUGGCAUGUGGAGCACCACGUAUGCACUUUGUGCGAGCGCUCAUUUCAGGGCCACCGAUUUUAUGAGCGAGAUGGUCAUGCUUAUUGCGAGACACACUUUGACAUGGUGAGAGAUAUGCCGGAACCAUUGAUCCGAUGCCCUGUGGAGCCCUGCUUGGCCUCUGUUAUAGUAAUAGUCACUAAUCCUGUAUUUGAUUUUAAAUAAUGUUUUUAAUUGCUGCUUUAUUUGCUGCUUUUGGCUAUGACUCGUCCAUGCUGUCCUCAUAAACAACAGUACAAUUGGAAAUAUUGAAAAGUCCAAGCAAUCCCAGGACAGCUGGACUGAAGUGAAGAGGUGUACUUUACGUGAGACUGUGAUGCUGGCCGUGGCACAGUCUGAAAGACAGCCUCGAGCUGACUUUGCUGCUAAGCUAACUGUAUGUGCUUGGCCGUUGCUUUG